UUGAAGUUCUGAAAAGAAAACAAAAGGCGAUCGGAUGGAGCCUUGCUGAUAUAAAGGGAAUUAGUCCGGCAACUUGUAUGCACCAGAUUGUUCUAGAAGAAGGAGCCAAACCUUUCCGGGAUAGCCAACGACGGCUUAACCCAAACAUGAGCGAGGUAGUCAAGAAAGAAAUCAUUAAGCUAUACACGGAAGGACUGGUCUAUCCCGUUGCAGACAGCGAAUGGGUAAGUCCGAUCCAUGUGGUUCCGAAGAAAGGCGGAAUCACUGUCAUCGAAAAUGAUCAAAAAGAGUUGGUACCCACUCGAAUAACAAACGGGUGGCGCAUGUGUAUCGACUAUCGGCGGUUAAACGCCGUAACAAAGAAGGACCAUUUUCCUUUGCCCUUCAUUGAUCAAAUUCUUGACCGACUAUCCGGACAACAGUUCUAUUGCUUCCUUGAUGGCCUUUCUGGCUAUUACCAAGGGGCCAUUGCUCCCGAAGAUCAACCAAAGACGACUUUCACAUGCCCAUACGGUACUUUCGCUUUCAGGCGUAUGCCCUUUGGCCUAUGCAAUGCUCCAGGCACCUUUCAAAGGUGUAUGCUCUCUAUUUUUUCCGACAUGCUUGAGAACUGCUUGGAGGUAUUUAUGGAUGAUUUUUCCGUUUUUGGUAAUUCAUUUAAUAACUGUCUCCACAGUUUAUCUUGUGUCCUUGAAAGAUGCAUAGAAACAAACCUAACUUUAAGUUGGGAAAAGAGUCAUUUCAUGGUAAAAAGUGGAGUCGUACUUGGUCAUGUUGUGUCUCAUAAAGGAAUUGAAGUUGAUAAAGCUAAAGUUGAUGUCAUUGAAAAAUUACCACCUCCGAUAAAUGUAAAAGGUAUCAGGAGUUUUUUAGGUCAUGCUGGUUUUUACCGAAGAUUUAUAAAAGACUUUUCCAAAAUAAGCCAGCCCUUGUGUCACUUGCUUUCUCAGGAUGUGCCUUUUGUAUUUAAUGAGGCAUGUUUAAAUGCUUUCAAUACUUUGAAAAAUAAGCUUGUGACUGCACCUAUUGUAGUUGCUCCUGAUUGGUCUUUGCCUUUUGAAAUCAUGUGUGAUGCGUCAAAUCAUGCAGUCGGGGCCGUUUUGGGUCAACGA